AUGGAUUUGAUGGUGUUUGCGUGCCCAUUGAAUAGCAAUCCCAGAAGCCAAAAGAAGAAGAAAACGUUUUGUAUUACAAUGUGUUGAAAUGUAAACUCCCUAAGGAAUUGUGUAUAAAAUAGUUCGUAAAUACAAAAAUGUAGAAUCUCCCCCGAUUAACUCGUCAACCAUACAUAUGUACAACAUUCCACCGUAAAGUAAUUAUGGAUACAUGAGGUGCAGCAACGGCUUGACUGGAAUGCAUAUAUAUAGAAGUAUAUAAAGUAACGCCAGGCAGUAAUUUAAGAGUCAGCAACAUGUCAACGAACCCCAACCCACAGCAGGAAUACGCACAUGCACACCCACUCAUAACGCAGCAACAUCAACAACAACAACAACAACACACACACAGAAUAAUCACACCAUUAUGCAGUAGUCGAGGCAGCAGUUCGCAGCGCAAUUUACUUGAGUUCCUGUGCGUUUGCAUUGCUUGCAUAGCCUGCUAUUAUAACAGCACCCAAUGCGGACUGGUAUUUGACGAUAUAAGCGCCAUACGCGAUAACAAGGACCUGCGACCGAGCACGCCGUUGCGCAAUGUAUUCCUGAACGACUUCUGGGGUACACCAAUGCGUAAAGAGCAGUCCCACAAGUCGUACCGUCCGCUCACGGUGCUCACGUUCCGUUUCAACUACUUGCUGCAUGCGUUGGAGCCAUUCGGAUAUCAUGCCGUCAAUGUUGUGCUGCACGUUGCCGUUUGCGUGCUGUGGCGUCGCGUGUGCCGGUUUCUGUUGCACCAAUGUGCAGGGCACAGUAACGCUACGUCAUCGUCGGCACUCAACACAUGCGCUUUUGUUGCCACGCUGCUCUUUGCCGUGCAUCCUGUGCAUACCGACGCUGUUACUAGCGUCGUCGGGCGUGCUGAAUUGCUCUCUUCCAUCUGCUAUCUGGCCGCGUUUCUCUCGUACGCUCAGGCAGUGAGCACUUCGUCGUUGUCGCGUCGCUGCCGCACAGAAGCUCCCACUAACUGGCUGUCCUUAUGCAUUUGCUUUGGCAGUUGCCUGCUGGCUUCUAUGCUGUGCAAGGAGCAAGGCAUAACUAUUGCGGGUAUUUGCUUGGCCUACGAAUUGUUUGUCGUGCAACAAUUGCGCCCCAUACAUCUGUGGCAUUAUGUGCUGCGAUUGUUCGAGGAACAGCACGUACCCAAGCCCACGUCACCUUCAAGCGCCGGACGUCGCUGGUCGUCGGCUCUGCUUAAACGCUUGGCCUUUCUGGCUGCCAUCACUGUCGCUCUAUUGGUGGGCCGGGUCUACGUGAUGGGCGCCCAAUUGCCCAUCUUCACACGAUUUGAUAAUCCGGCCUCGGCUGCGGACACACCUGUACGGCAACUUACUUACAGCUACCUCAUCUACUUGAACUCCUUGUUGUUAUUGUUUCCGUCGAAUUUAUGCUGUGAUUGGACAAUGGGCACCGUCCCUUUAAUAGAAGGUUUCACCGAUGUACGUAAUCUGGCCACACUAGCCACAUUCGCGUGCUUGCUAGGAUUGGCAGCCCAAGCCUUUCUUACGCGCAAUUUGACGCAGUCGCGCAUUUUGCUGAUGGGCCUCGCUUGGUUGGUGUUGCCUUUUCUGCCCGCAUCGAAUCUCUUCUUUCCUGUCGGCUUUGUGGUGGCCGAACGCAUUCUUUACAUGCCGUCUAUGGGAUACAGCCUACUCGUUGCUUAUGGCCAUACGCAGUUGUUGCAACGCUGGCGAUGGCGGCGCGUAUCGCAGCUGGCUCUCAUUUGCCUGCUGCUGGUGCAUGGACUGAAGACGCACCUGCGCAAUUACGACUGGCGGAAUGAGUAUACGUUGUUCAUGUCUGGUGUGCACGUAAAUAAUCGGAAUGCCAAGCUGUACAACAAUGUGGGGCAUGCGCUGGAGAACGAGGCUCGCUACGAGGAGGCCUUGCUGUACUUCGAGCAGGCGGUACGCAUUCAAGAGGAUGAUAUUGGCGCACACAUCAAUGUGGGCCGCACCUACAACAAUCUGAAACGCUAUGCUGAGGCGGAGCAGGCUUAUUUGCGUGCUAAGGCACUUUUCCCGCAGGCUAAGCCCGGCGUUAGUUAUCAUGCGCGUAUAGCGCCCAAUCAUCUGAAUGUCUUCAUUAAUUUGGCCAACCUGAUAGCAAAGAAUCAGACGCGCCUAGAGGAGGCUGACCAUUUGUAUCGGCAGGCGAUAAGCAUGCGAGCCGAUUACGUGCAGGCUUACAUUAAUCGCGGCGAUAUUCUGAUGAAGCUGAAUCGCACAGCACAGGCCCAGGAGGUUUACGAGCAGGCUCUGCUGUACGACAGCGAAAAUGCGGACAUUUACUACAAUCUAGGUGUGGUGUUUCUGGAGCAGGGAAAGAGCCAGCAGGCGAAUGUGUAUUUUGAUAAGGCGCUCGAGCUGUAUCCGGAACAUGAGCAGGCUCUGCUUAAUUCGGCCAUUCUGCUGCAGGAACUGGGCGGUGCGGAGGCACGGCAGCUGUCCCGUUCCCGUCUUUAUCGCGUCUUGGCCAAGGAUGCCCACAACGAAAAGGUUUACUUCAACCUGGGUAUGCUAGCCAUGGAUGAGUCGAGCUUCGAUGAGGCUGAGCAGUUCUUUAAGCGCGCCAUUCAUCUCAAAUCAGACUUUCGCAGUGCAUUAUUUAACCUGGCGCUGCUACUGGCCGAUACUCAGCGGCCGCUGGACGCUGUGCCGUAUCUUAAUCAACUCAUUCGUCAUCAUCCCACUCACGUGAAGGGCCUCAUACUGCUCGGUGACAUUUACAUAAACCACAUCAAGGAUCUGGAUGCCGCUGAGACGUGUUAUCGCAGCAUCCUCCGACAUGAGCCGCACAACACGCAGGGCUUGCACAAUUUGUGCGUUGUUUUUGUGGAACGCAAGCGUCUGGCGAAGGCAGCUGCUUGUCUCCAAUAUGCACAUCGACUGGCUCCUGGCGAGGAUUACAUUGGGCGACAUCUGCAGAUUGUGCUCGCACGUUUGCAGAAAAUCGAUAAACUACCUGAAACGUCGCCCGAGCGUCAACUUGCCUAUGAGGACUAUAACUCAAAGGAGUUUAAGUUGCCGAUAGAUGCUCGCACGCACUCUUAACAAUUGAAUUCUAUUUAUCAUGAAGGAAACGCGAUUCGUUGCAAGUUCUAUUGGUAAUUGCUGUAAAAGGCAAAAAGAUUGAUCGUCUUCCUUCGAUAUAUAACUCCAUUUCUUCACAAUUUUUGGGGAAUGUUUAGAUCAAUGCUUAGCAAAUGUAUUUUCAUGAACUCUGUGAUUUCUCAAUAUUCAUUCCAACAAAUGUGCACGUUGAAUUGUCUGGACGUGAACAAAUGAAAAAACGCAAUUACAAAAUGCCAACAUUUUAACAUAUUGUAAAUACUUUAAAGGUUGAUUUCUUAGUAAACUAAGCCUUAUUUAACUAAUACUGCCCGCACAUCAAUUGUGUUUAUAAGGCUUCAUUUUCGAAAGAGAAGAAAAAUCCAGCAAUUCAAACUAUUUGUACAUGCUAAGAUAAUUAUAAUUGGUUUUAUUUAUGGAAUUGUGCACUAACUAUAUGCAUUUUCAUGUAAAUACAAAUAAAUUGUACUUAAUUAUACGUACCUAUUGAAUAAAUCAGAUUGUACUUAACUAUAA